UACUGGAUGUUGGCCUUCUGAAUUGAAAGUUGAUCGUUAAUAUUGGUUUAGAAUGCAGGGUCUGUUUGUGGAAGUUAAUUUUAUUAUUUUAAUCUUAAUAUGUGUUCCUCCGAAAGGAAGAAGAAAUGCAAAGGGUCACUUGUUAUAAGUGUGAAUAUGAAUUGAAAGAGUUGAAUAGAAUUGUGUGGAUGUCUCUUAGGAGACUUUUGUGACCUUGUUUUGUCUUAGUUGAAGUUGGCAAAGGGGGGAACUAUCCGGCGUAUUUGGCGUAUUUAAGGGAAGUGUUUAUUGUUUAUAAGCGAUGAUAUAAAAAUUAUUAUUAAAAAUUAUAAAUUAUAUUUCAGAACUGUCUUGUACAUUUUUAUAAAGCAAAUAUAGAACAUAAAAGUACAUUACUAAGAAAAUCAGGAUUUUACACAACCCCUUUAGAUACUGUUACAUUAAGCUAAAGAGUUUAAGAGGCUGUUUAGCCGUGACUUAUGACUUAACGUGUCUGUUUGGGUGAUUUUGACUUAUUAAUUACUUAUGAAUUAUUAAAAAUAUAAUAAUAAAAAUAAAAUUGAUUUAUGAGUAAUCUAUGACUCAGUAGUAAUUUUUAUCAAAAAAAAGUUCAAAAAAAUUAGUCACUGAAAAAAGUAACUCAAAUAAAUUUCUGGCUUUAAAUCAGCUUCUGAUUUAAUUUUGACUUUAAGCCAGCUUCUAACUUAUUAUACAAACAAACAUUUUCCAGCUUAAAGCCAGAGAUGAUUUAAAGUCCGGAUUUUAAGCCCAAGCACAACCUCUAAAUGACCAGCAGUUAUAAUUCAUUGUCCAAUUGAAUUCAGGCAGUUGGAAUGCACGGUGCAACUUGCUGGCCAGCAGAGAUUAUAUUUAUUGCUUGCACAGUUGCACAUGAUCUUUUUUCGUUUACUCCUUUUUUUUAUAUGCCACUUUUAAUUUGGGCACGUAUCUUUAGAUCGGCUGAUCGGAUAGUAAAAAUUAUUAUUUUCAAUUGAUUUUUAUUGUGAAUCAAUGUAUAUAAUAGUUCCUACAUCCCCUUUACUACAGUUACCCCUCCGUCUAAAACAUUACCACUAAACUUUAACUUAUUUACAGUAAUACCAGUUGACACGUUUCACCAACCUUGCAGGUCUCUCAUCCACGUGUAUUCCACGCUUCACACUUCCAAGCUUCUUUCUGAAGCUUUGCACACGAAUUCGUGCAAACAUGCAGAAACAUCAUUACUUUGUACUAAUUCAAAUUCAAAUUACAAAAUUAAUUAUGCAAGAAAUUUAGAACUACAAUCUAACAAAAUUCAUACCAAGCGGAAGACAAAGUACUCAAUCCAUCAUGAACAGCAAAUCAUCAAAAUCGUCCAGUGAAGAAUAUAUGGAGAACAAUUCCGGGAACAAUUGGCGCCUCUUUACUUCAGAGGAUAUGAAUGAAGGUUAUCAAAAGUUGAAAAGGAGGAGACGGAGGUUUAGUUCCAACAAAGAGAAUGUGUUUGCUGAGCAUACUCCUCAAUCAGGACCAUUACGUUCUCGAGCCUCUGGCCCCUCUGCUCAGGGGAGUGCCCUGUCUGAUAUAACCAAUAAUAUUGUUCAAGACCGUUGCUCUGUCAAGCCUAGGUUGCGUAGAAAUGUUAAAGUACCUCACCACACUCCAACAGGAAAUAGUUUCAACCUCACUUCUCCUACGUCCACUCCUGCAAGUACAAUAUGUAAUGCCAGUAGUAGUGGGGACCAAUUUAUUCCUCCAAAGAAAGCUAUGAGACGAUGCCAUCUUGAAUCGAGUAGAACUCUAUUCCCUGAUGAAGAAGUACUGGAAACACAAGAUCAAAGCAAUGAUAUCUAUGAGAACUCCAUUGAAGACUACUCGAUGUCAGAUGAGUGUGAUAGUGAUCAAGAGGAAAAUGUUGUUCCUCCCGUCCAAUUAGGAGCAAAAGAUAAAUGGAAGAGUAAACGUGUUGUGGCAGAUGAGUAUGCAAGCUUGGGUGGACCCUCUGCUAAGUGUUUAAAAUGCAAUGCAAGAAUGUGGAAAGAAGAGAGGGUCAAUAAAAAUGUUACGAAGGGCACUCCAAUAUUCUCUAUAUGCUGUAAGAAAGGUGCCGUGAAGUUGCCACCUUCUCUUCCAACUCCUGACUAUCUACUGCACCUUCACACUGAUGCUGUUAAAUCUCCAUCAUCGCUGUAUACGACUAUACAAUUCUAUGUUUUCGUUUACAUCGACAGGUGGGAAUGUGGAUCAUUCAAUCAAUAAAGGAGGCU